AUGGCUCGUUCUCUUAAAAAAGGUCCUUUUGUAGCGCACAAACUUAUGAAAAAGAUUGAAGCGUUACAUGCAAAAGGUGAAAAAUCGGUUAUCCAGACCUGGUCACGUGGUUCUACUAUUACUCCAAUUAUGAUUGGACACACAAUUGCUGUGCACAAUGGUCUUGAGCACAUUCCAGUUUUUGUUACUGACCAAAUGGUUGGACAUAAAUUAGGUGAAUUUGCUCCUACACGUACAUUCCGUGGUCAUGUAAAAACUGACAAAAAAUCUCGCCGUUAA